AUGUUAUCAAAAUUAACUCUUCUAAUUUUUCUUUUCAAUAUUAUCUAUAUUGAACAAGUUACAACUCAAUGUUCCACUUACUUUCCCGAUAGUAAUGAUACGGACUUCUGUUUUUAUUAUAAAAAAAAUUCUUUCUCAUGGUCUGAUGCAUACAAUCAAUGUAUGACUAAAACAGUUGAUGGAUUACUUAUUCAAAUAUUUUCGACUAAACAAUUUAAUUCAUUGAAAAAUGCCAAUCUGGAUGGAUCAUCUCUUAUUUGGUUAGGUGCAAAUAAUUUUGCAACAUUUCGCGAUUCUAAUUGGCAUUGGCUUGAUGGAUCUGCAGUUGAUGCGUCCGUUAUUCCCUGGUGCCCCGAUAGUACAUAUGAAACAGCAAUUGGAGCAUAUUGUGCAGCUUAUGAUAUUACUUUACAAUGUGUUACUAAUUAUUUAUGCAGUACUCUUCUACCAGCACCAUGUGUACCUGCAACAAAUGCUAUAAAUACACAAGCAAAAAUAAAUUUAAUAACUCGUAUAGCAGCAACAAAUAUAUGUGUAAUUUCAUCUGGAGGUGUUUAUGCAAAUUGGUGGACUUAUUCAGUUUUACUUCUCAAUUGUAAAAAUAUAAUUUUAUUAACAAUAGCCAUUGUUAUAUUAUCAUUUAUUUUAAUUCUUAUCUAUGCUAUUCUAUGGGGUAUACAAUAUCAAGAUAUUAUACAAAUCCCAUUAGCCAUUGUUAUUAUUGGUUGUCUAGCUACGUUAUGUCUUCUUAUUGUAUUAUUAAUAAUAUUAAGUAAUCGUACUCGUGUACAACGAUUUAUAGCAUGCAUGGUUUUAUUACUUAUAACAAUAGUUGUUGAAUGUUUUUUAAUGCUUGGUUUAAUUCUUUGUAUUGCAUAUUGUUCAGGAUAUAUUACACUUGCACCAACUAGUCUUGAAAAAGAUGUUACUGCUUCACUUCUAUCAUCUUUAAUUGCGUCGGUAUCGAUUUUAUUUUAUACAGGAGUUCUGUAUCUAUUAGAAAAUAAUGGUCUUGAUCGUGUACAUGCAGUUGUACCAGUAACUACAAAUGUAAUGCCAUUAACAACGACACAUCCAAAUCUUGGUGUUCGCCCAUCAAAUAGUAACGUUCAAACAAAUAAUCAUCGUCCACCUCCAGCAGCACCAGUUAAAAAAGUUGAACAAGUUGAACGUGCAACAUCACCCGUUGAUGAUCGUAUUCUUCAAGAAUUCUAUUCUGAUCGACCAAAAGAUGUACAUCAAUAUAAUUUGGAAGGUCGACAAUAUGUUGUUUAUGAAGCAACUAAUUUUACUGACAUUGAUACAUAUCGAAAAGAAUUAACACAAGCAAUGUUAUUACAAGAACAACAAGGUCUUCGUGAAGCAAUUGAUCGUGCUAAAGGUUCAAUACAUGCAUCAACUCUUGCUGAAGAAAUUGAUCAAGCUCAAGAGUUAGCUUUGAAAUUAAUGUAA